AUGCAUCUUGAUAACAAACGAAAAGAAGUUUCCAUUGUACGAUAUGCGGUUGCACAAUAUUAUCACAAAAUUGUAUUGUCUCGUAACUGCCUGGAUAAUUAUAUUCUUAUGCAUGUAGAAAGAAACUCACCUGAGAUUCAUGUAGUAAUACCAUUAAAAAGAUGUGUAAGAUGUUAUAAAUACGAAAAUGAGAAUUUUUCGGAACGAAUAUUUCAAUUUUCUGACAAUAUAACAAAAGAAGACUUGGCUGAUACAUCAGCAAUUCAUAUUACACUUAAAAAUGAUCAUUUUGCAAACGAAUUUAUUAAUUUUAUGACCAAUACAAUGAAUAUUCAAUGUUACUAUGCGAAAAUUAAUGUUCAUCAUGCACCAGUACAGAAUGAAACAUUGUUCAAAUUAAUAGAUAACAAUAAUUUUUUAUCUAAUUAUGUUUGGGAAAUGGUAUUGAGUCUUGGUUAUCAGAUAAAAGACAAAUUAUCACCAAGAUUAAUGAAACAAAUUCAACAGUAUGCUCAUAGAUCAAAAGAUGAAACAUAUCCCCAACAUAAAUUCUACCAAAAAAUAAUUGCUAUUUAUCGUUGUGCAAAAGAUAAUCGAUUUUAUAACAUUGAACAGAAAUUUUAUGAUACAAAACCACACUGGAUUCCACCAACACAAACAAAUUAUAUAUAUGUAUCACGAAUAUUUCUGACACCUUACGGGAUAUAUCCACAACCGUUAAAACCUAUUCGGUCUAAUCGUGUGCUACGACAAGAACAAUUUGGAUCGGAAACUCACUAUUGUCGUGUGUUGAUACGAGAUUGUGAUAUGGAAACAGUACAAAUUGAUCUAAUGAAAUCAUAUCGAAAUAUCUUAAAAGAAAUAUUUCUUUCAAAACAAAUAUUGGUAGGACAACGAAAAUUUGAAUUUUUAUUAUGUUCAAACAGUCAACUACGAGAUCGUAGUUUUUGGUUUUAUUCGUCAUUCAAUGGAUUUCGUUCAAGUGAUAUUCUUCGAUGCAUGGGUGACUUCACAGAUGAGAAAACGGUUGGCACUCUCAUUGCAAGAAUGGCUCUUUGUUUUACUGGAACAUUCAAAGGAGUUGAAGUAUGUAUUUUCAAUUUUCGUUCAACA